GUAAGGUUAACUGUGUUCACAGAUCCAAAUGUGUGUGUGAAAGAGUAUCAUCAUCAUCUUCAAAUAGACUGGAUUUCUCUGCUCCUAUAUAAACCUGCCACUUUAACCAUUUUCGAGCAGUAACCGCAUGGGACCCACUUCAUUCUCUCUCUAACUUCUCCAUCUCUCUCUCUAUAUCUCUUCUAGUUCUGAGGAUUUUUUUGUUUCCUGAUUUUCCGGGGCGAGAAUUUGCGUCUGUGCAGUGGCCAAUUUCCGGGUUUUAUUAUGGUGCGGAUUGAUCUUGGGGGAUCCUUUUUGCGUGUGAACUGGGUUGCUUUUACGGGUUGGACAUGCAGGUUGAAAUAGAUUCCUGGGCUCAGAUGUAAUAUGUGCCAUUAUUGUGGUUCCAAAUCCACUAAGUCUUGUUGCAGCAUGGAUAAGCAGGAGAAUGAUAACUGUAAAAGAUUAAAUGGUGAAAUGAAAGAUAAGAAUUUAACUUCUCAUGGGGUGCCAUCGAUCAGUCCAACUAUUUCAAUGCAAAGUAGUGAAAGAUCCGUCUCAAGUUGCAGUGAAUUUUCAGUUGAUGUAAACUCUGACUACAGGGGUUAUCUUGAUGAAAGCAGCACAGACAGCAGUCAAGAGAUUUUCAAUUCUAAUACAAGAGGGGGUCUUUAUGGAUUUAGCUUACAACCUCCAUCAAAUGGAAGUGAUGUAGACUCUAGUGGAAAUAAUAAAAGUGCAGUAGUGGAAAAUAGUAGAGUGGAAAGAGACAUUGAUGAAGAAACUGGAAUACCUUUUAAUGUUGAAGUGGAUAGCCACUUUUGGCUACCACCAGAUCCUGAAGAUAGAGAUUUGGACUUGGAGGGGAGUGUGGCUAAUUAUGAGGAUGAUGACGAUAUUGAAGGUGAUAAUGGUCUGAAUUUAGUUAGCUUUGGAGAAGAGUACUCUGGGAGUUUCAAGUUCAAAGAGGAAAAACAGAAGGCAAUGGAAGAGGUUAUGCGUGGGAAAUUUAAGGCACUUGUUGCUCAAUUUCUCAGGUCUGUGGGUGUCAACCCCAAAGGGGAAGAUAGUGACAGUUGGGUUGAUAUAGUCACUUCUCUAUCAUGGAAUGCUGCUUCGUUUGUGAAGGUGGAUGCAGCUGAGGGGAAGGCAAUGGAUCCUGACGGAUAUGUAAAAAUAAAAUGUGUUGCAACUGGCUCACGCAAUCAAAGCCAAUUCGUUAAAGGUCUAGUCUUCAAGAAACAUGCUGCUCACAAACACAUGCCUACGAGGUACAAGAGUCCCAGAUUGCUUUUGAUUCAGGGUGCACUUGGUCUCUCUUCAAAUGAGUUGUCUUCUUUUGAAUCAAUGCAGCAGCAGGAGAAAGAGGGGCUCAAAUCAUUUGUUGAAAUUCUAGAAAAGUACCAUCCCAAUGUUGUAUUAGUGGAGAAAGCUGUGUCUCGUGAUGUACAGGAAUCCAUCCUCAAGAAAGGAAUCACGUUAGUCUUUGAUAUGAAACUUCAUCGCCUUGAGAGAGUUGCUCGAUGCACUGGUUCGCCUAUCUUAUCCUGUGAUACAUUGGCUGCCCAAAAAUUAAGGCAGUGUGAUUCAUUUCAUUUUGAGAAGUUCGUAGAAGAACAUGCUACUUCUCGUGAAGGUGGAAGAAAGCCCAACAAAACACUGAUGUUUAUUGAAGGUUGUCCCACUCGUCUUGGAUGUACGAUUUUAUUGAUGGGCAGUAACAGUGAUGAAUUAAAGAGGAUUAAAUGUGUGGUCCGAUGUGCAGUUAUCAUGGCAUAUCAUUUAAUCCUUGAGACAUCCUUCCUUCUAGAUCAGAGGGCAAUGUUUUCUACUAUUUCCCCAACACAUUUUGUGACUGUAUUAGCUAACAAACAAGAUUCAACAUCUGUUGGUGAUGGUGCAGAAAGCCUUUCUAAUGAUGAAGAUACUGUUCCUGACAUUCAUUCAACUACUGAUAUUGCAAUUUCUGAAGGGCUCCAUGCAGAAGGAAAUCCCAAUUUAAAGUCAGAAGUUGACUCUGCAUUGUCACUUGAGCCGUACAAUCCAAUCAUCCUAUCUGGCCUUUCUUCUCUUUCAUCCUCUCUAAGAAAAGUUAUGGGCGAAAGUUUCCCUAUUUUGUCAUCCUCUCGUCAAUCUAUGUCCUCAUAUCUUGGUUUUGACAGAAGGAACGUGGAUGAUCAGGCCGGAACUGAUGUUCAAGUUUCUAACUCUACAACUGUGGUUAAUGAUGUUAAAGAACCAAAGAUUUUCCCUGAUGAAGAGAAGGCUCCUGAGAAAGAGAUUAUAAAUACUUUAAAGAACCACGAGGAACCUUUAGAUCCACAGAAUGAGAUACAUGAAGAUCAAAGGAAUGGCAGGGAUGAUAUUAGCACAGUGUUAGAUUCUGAAAGUAUUUUGGUUCAGAUGUCAAGCAGGAAUGCUUCCAAAGGAAUUAUGUGUGAGCAUAGACAUUUUUCUCAUAUCAGGUUCUACAAGAAUUUUGAUUUCCCCCUUGGGAACUUUUUGCAGGAUUAUUUGCUAAAUCAGAAGCUCCUGUGCAAAACUUGUGGUGAACCAUCUGAAGCUCAUAUUUCUCACUAUGCACACCAUAAUAAGCAACUCACAAUCCAAGUUCGACAUUUUCCUGCUGACUGGUGUUUGCCAGGUGAAAGUGAAGGGAAGCUUUGGAUGUGGAGCCGUUGUGGUAAAUGUAAACUUGAAAAUGGAAAUUCAAAAUCUACAAAGCGAAUUCUGAUAUCUGCUGCUGCUCGCGGUCUAUCAUUUGGAAAAUUUUUGGAGCUGAGCUUCUCAAACUCCUCAUUCUUCAGUGCACCAUCUGGGUGUGGACAUUCUUUUCACAGGGAUUUUGUAUUCUUCUUCGGAUUAGGUCCAAUGGUUGCCAUGUUCAGAUACUCACCUGUUGCUACUUAUUCAGUGUCUCUACCUCCUUUGAAGCUUGAGUUUAGCAAUCCCGUUAAAGGAGAGUAUCUAAUGAAAGAUUUUGAGAAAGUACAUUCAAAAGGGAUUCAGAUGUUUAUGGAUAUUGAAAAUUCUUUGAAGGAUAUAUGGUCUCAUUCCACUGGAAAAGAAUUCAACCUUCAAGAAACUCCUAAAGAAUUCAUUGAAAUUGAAGCAAUGUUGAAGGAGGAGAGGUCUCAAUUUGAGGUUGGUGUCCAGAAUCUAAAUAAUGGGAAUGAGGAUAACAUUGUGUACAGACUCCUAAGCUUGAACAGAAUACGGAUGGAGCUUAUGCUUGAAUCAUGUGUUUGGGAUCGAAGGCUUCGUGCAUUGCUGUCAUCUGAUACCAAACUGAUGAGGCAUAGGGAUUUUCAAGUUGACAACAUGGAGCAUGGGCAAACUUGCCUGACACAGUAUGAUAAAACUGGAAGAGAAGUCAAUGACAUUGAAACAGACAUGGAAAGAGGGAAUGAUGUUGCAGACAGGUGUGCUGACAUUAGAAUUGAUGGCUCUAAUGGUGAUGAAAUGGAUGAGGCAGAAAUUUCUAUAGAAGGCCAUACAGAUGUUUCAGGAAAUGCACCUUACCAUGAUAUUAAUGUGACUGCUAUUCCCAUUAAAGAAAUUCAUCUUGACAAACAAGUUGAAGGAUCAAUAUUGCCAGAUGACUCGUCAUCUUGUGUCUUUCUUGAAGGUGGUAAGAGCCCAAUUGAUAUGAAUGCAACUGGAAAUAGUUUAUCUGCACUGGACACUAAUUCCCAUUUUGGUGAUGCAAGUCAUGUAGAAUACAAUAGUUCUAAUGAAGUGCUAACAGAUAAAUUAAUACCAAUUACUUGUGAUGUGGGUUCCAACCAUCUUCAAAGGGAUAAAUCCUUUAUUUCGAUGCUAUCAACAGGUGAGGAUGAUAAGGGGUGGAUUUGGACUCCGUUUCCAGAAAUUCGACGCGAGUUUAUGAAAGAUCUUAAAAAAGGCAACUUACCAAAAUUUGGAUCUGUCACUAGCCAUGCUACAGAAACUGUUGCUUCUGCACUUGUUGCUGAGGAAGCUGGAAAACUGCAUAUUCCUCUUGGCAGUGAUGACUACAUUGUGUCUGACUAUGAGGAUGAACUCUCAAGCAUAAUUGCUUGUGCAUUGGCCUUGCUGAAGGAUUUUGGGGAUGAUGAUAGAAAAGACAAAGUAAUGGGAGCCAAGAUAUAUGAGAGUUCUCAAGGCCUAUUGCGAAUAUUCUCAUUGUCUUCUCCACAUUGGUCAGCUAGCUCAUUAGAUUCUGCUGAAGGUAGCCAUUCUUCUAGUGUUCUUUUUGAUGAAUCUCGCUCAUCAAGUUUUGAUGGGUUAGAUUCAUUGGAAUCUUCCGUUUCUACAACAGCUUUUCAUUCAGAAGUUUCCAUGGGUUCAGGAAAGCUCCAGGGAAAACGUAAAUACACUGUUCUUUGUACCUUCGCUAGCCAGUUCCGUCAGUUGCGGGAUCGAUGUUGUACAUCUGAGGAUGAUUAUAUUGCUUCAUUAAGUCGGUGUAGGGGCUGGGAUGCUAAAGGUGGGAAAAGUAAAUCUUUCUUCGCUAAAACUUUAGAUGACAGGUUCAUUAUAAAGGGAAUUAAGAGGACUGAAUUUGAGUCAUUUAUGAUGUUUGGUCUUUCUUAUUUCAACUAUAUGGAUCAGUGCUAUGAAAAGGGGAAUCAGACCUGCCUGGCAAAAAUUCUUGGUGUUUAUCAGGUUAUCAUUAGGAAUACAAAGAAUGGAAAAGAAACAAAGCAUGAGCUGAUGGUGAUGGAAAACCUUUCAUUUGGUCGAAAUAUCACUCGCCAAUAUGACCUUAAAGGUGCUCUGCAUGCUCGAUUUAAUUCCACUGGCAAUGGGGCGGGAGAUGUGCUUCUUGACCAGAACUUUGUGAAUGAUAUGAAUGUCUCUCCUCUGUAUGUCAGUACGAAAUCAAAGCGAAAUCUGCAACGUGCUGUAUGGAAUGACACUGGUUUCCUCAAUCUGAUCAACGUAAUGGAUUAUUCUCUACUUGUGGGAGUGGAUACUCAGCGGCGUGAACUUGUUUGUGGCAUCAUCGACUACCUCAGACAGUAUACAUGGGACAAGCAAUUCGAGACCUGGGUCAAAUCCUCACUUGUUGUCCCCAAGAAUCAGUUGCCCACCGUAAUCUCCCCCAUAGAGUACAAGAAAAGAUUCAGAAAGUUCAUCGACACCCAUUUUAUAAGCGUUCCAGAUCAUUGGUGCUCUCGAAGAUCUUCAAAUCCAUGCCAACUUUGUGGCACAGCAGGCAGUGUUGAUUCAGCACACAGAAGAUCCCAAGAUGGGAACUCUACGGAACAAGAGGAGAAUGAGCGCGGGGAAUCGUCAGGUCCUUAAUCUGCUGAACAAAGCUAAGCCAACCGAAAUUGGUUUUUCUUUUAUUUUUUUGUUUCUUCUGGUUCAAUACAUCUCUACCACAGUCGGAAAUGGGACCAUUAUCCGUUUGUGGUGUGAUUGAAUAUUGUACAUAGGAAAGGAAAUAUAGGUAUACCCAAAUCUGAUUCUGCGAUUUUUUUAGCAAAUUCAUGGGGCUGCUACUGCUGCUGCUGCUGAUGGUCUGUCUGGUUCAUUUAGGUCCUACGGAUUCAACCUUGCAAAUAUAAAUAUAUAUAUAUUUUUUGUGGAUGCCGAGAAAGAGAAAUUGUAUAAAGCCAUGCUAUGCUAUGCUAGCUUUGACAUUUCUGUUAUGAAUGAAAUUUCUGUAGAAGCCUUUCCUUCUGAUUCUGCA